GAAUCCUCCAGUCUCUUGCCAGUCAAAUGUGUGAUAAUGUUGAAGGAUUUCGUGAUAAACUGACUGAAAUUCUUCGUCGUGAACAUUCUCGUCACUCGCUGUCAGACGCAUUUCGUGUUCUUUUGAACGACCCCCUCCAUGCCCUUGACAGACACGAUCCAAUGUUGAUCAUCGUUGAUGCUUUGGACGAGAGCAAAACUGACGAGAAAAGCGAAUUAUUGGAAUUGAUAUCUGAGAAAUUUUGUGAACUGCCUGAUUGGAUUAAGAUAUUCAUUUCAAGUCGACCAGAGCUACAAGUACGAAAGGUUCUUGAACAUCUUCACCCGUGGGAAAUCCGUCUUGAUGACGAAGAUCACAACCACGACAUAGAGCUUUUUGUUCGUCAUAGUUUACCUAAUCUUGAUGAUAAUAGUAUAAGCUUAUGAAUUGUGGGAAAUAAAAUGUGGCAACACAUGGAUUGUACGUUCAACUGGAAAAAUGUUUCUACCUGAUCUAUCGGAUAUUCCUUGGUGGUCUUUAUCUGGUGCAAAAACGACUCGCAAUGCGGUGUUCUUGUCAGGAGAUACAUUGUAUAUUAUUCGUUUACAUCCUAAUCCUUUCCCAAAUGAUGUGCAAAAUUUUCUUAAUUUUACGAUUGAAAACUUUAGACGGGCUGCUUAUAUCGAUUCUGAUUUGAUCGCUAUUUUCACCCGUGCAGGCAUACAUUUUGUUAAGGUGUCGCAAUGCAGGAUCAUAGCUUCCAGAUACGUUGGUAAUCUUGGUUUUUUUAGGAGUGAAUCUCCUCCUUUCUUUCUUCUAUCAACGCGUUCCCUUCUGUUCGUAGAAAAAAAUUGCAACAAAUGUCUCAAAAUUCAUAACAUUGAAAAGCAUUUCUAAGAUUUCCUUUCUUGAUGUAAGUAGUUUAGAAUCCGAUUUCUUAUUUAAAUGCAAAAACCACGCGUAAAUUAAAACGUUCAGCUAUGGAACGUACUGAAAUGCGAAAACCACGGAAAUCGUUGAAACGUUUUUUUUUUAGUUUUUCCUUUCGUGAUGUAAAUUGUUAAGCACGGAAUUUCUAAUUUUAACGGCGAAACGCACGAGUUUUUAAAAACGUUUGAACUGUGUGAUAUUGGUAGAAAAAUAUUUUUAAAAUAUAAUUUGUAUCCAAGAGAUUUU